ACCUCACUUCUGACCUUUGUGCCCGACGCUCUUCCGUCCGUCUGACGGCUGCUGACCUAGCGUUCUACUGCCCCGUCACGCUCCACCGUACGCAUCAUAGGAUUCCCAGACAGCAUUCAUAGUCACACAUCGCAGCAGAGCUUUUGGGGAAACUCGAGAAGGAACAACAGGAAACAUGGAGGCCACAGCGCAGGAACCCUACCGGGAUUCACCAUCGUCCUCGAGAAGCUCGAUGCUGUCGUGCAGUCGCGACCAGCCUGCGAAACCACUUCCUUCGCUACCCUUAGACACGCCUACAGAGCUCCUCAACGACUUGGAGCCAUACCGCGAUGAGCCCUCUGCCGUCUCGCCCACACCCGUACCGGUUGACACUGCUCCCUCCCCCCAACGAUACCACUCCCCGGCCGAGAGGGCGAAUGCGCGCCUUCGGCAAGCAGAGAUCCAAGUCUUCUACACACCUUACACCGAUGCGCCCCGAGCUCCCAACGACGAGGAUGUCCCACUUGCACAGCUCUACCCAUACCCUACCGAGGCACCACCACCAUAUCAGAUUGCGGUGCGCGACGCCUUCCGCGAGACGCUUGCUCAUCACAUGCCAAGGUACUCUGAGUCCACAAUACGAGAUGAGGAGGCAGCAAUGGAGCGGGCACAAUCCGACGAUGUGAGGUUUACAGUGGAGAAAGCCGUGGCAACGAUCAUUGUGGUCAUGUUGCUCCUCGUCAUCGCAUCGAUUUUGGCGCUGAUAGCGGUGUCAGGCUUCAAUUGGAAGAUUUGACUGCGGGCAUAGUUUCCGGCAGUCUUUAGGCGGGAGUACACGGCAUAAGUUUUGGAUUUAGGACUUGUUUUGUGCAUGAUACCAACGGUUGCAUGAUUUGGGCGUUUCUGGAUGUUUGAGGUGUUAUGAGCACGCAUUUUGGAUAAGCACAUUUGGGCAUUUACGCAUACUACUUGAUACAAAUUAACAUUGUAAACCUGUCUUUCGUGCUACGUGCACACGUAGUUAUGUGGUAGUCUGAAGUGAAAGCUUCGUCCAGAC